AUGAAAAGCAAAUUGUGGUCGCAAGACCGCGCCGUGUCGGCAAACGAUACCCCUUUACCGCUACUUAGCCCACUUCAAUCCGGACAGAAAGAUGAAGCGCCAAUUUAUAAGUUUGUGCUUACUGGUGGCCCUUGCGCCGGCAAGACAACGUCACUCGACCGCCUCUCCACAUUUUUCCGUGAUCGCGGCUUUCGAGUGUACGUCGUGCCUGAGGCUUCAACAUUGUUGCAAACAGGUGGUGCAUUUUUCCUUGACCUCCAGGAAAAAGAUAUUCUCAACUUUCAAUGGCAAAUUUUAAGCCUUCAAAUUUCGCUUGAAGACUCAUUUCAUUCGCUUGCGCUAGAUAGCGGUAAACCUUGUGUGAUUUUAUGUGAUCGCGGAGUCAUGGAUGGUUCAGCCUACAUGACGCCCGAGCAAUGGGAAAUACUUAAACUUGAGCAUGACCUCGACACGGUUACGCUGCGAGAUACUCGAUAUAUUGCCAUUUUUCAUUUGGUGACAGCUGCUCAUGGCGCAGAGAAAUUUUACUCGCUUGAGAAUAACGGAAUUCGUAUUGAAUCGAUUGAAGAGGCGCGUGCCAUCGACAAACGGACUUGCCGGGCCUGGAUUGGACACCCUAAGCUCUACGUGUUUGACAAUUCGACCACGUUUGAGGGCAAGAUGCAGCGCUUGGUGGACACGGCAGCGAGACUUUGUGGUAUACCGUCGACGGUCAAAGCAUCACGAAAGUACCUUCUAGCCAAGGCGCCAGUCGUCAUCCCGUUUCACCACGAAGAUUUUGAGGUGGAGAAGGUAUACCUGAAACCCGAAGCUGCUAAAUCAAGCAACGACUAUUCGUUUGUGCGUUGCCGUUCACAGUAUGGUAUUCCUGCGUAUGGCAUGACAACCGUUCGUUACCUGGACACUGGCGAUGUAGUGCAUCUCAAACGAGUUUUAAGUGCACGUGAGUACUCUUUCGCCAUCAAACAUCGUUCUGACCCGACACGUAACGUGAUAAAGCAACAGCGUAUGUGUUUUUUGUACGAAAAUCAGUCAUUCCAGAUCCACGUUUACAAGGAACCAGCAGAUCUUGUGGGGCUCUCCAUUUUACAUGUGCAGGCGUCUUGUAAAAACGACCAAGACAUCGUUAUGCCUUUGUUUUUGAACAUCGAGAAAGAAUUGCCUGACACGGACGAGACCAUAUCGGCCUAUAACGUGUCCAAAAAGGAUUUUUUAGGUAAACUUGAGUUGAAAAAGUCGGCGAAGAAAUAA